AUGUACGAUUAUUUAGCAAAGGUCAUUCUGCUUGGACCAAGUGGUGCCGGAAAAUCCUGUCUACUCCAUCGCUUUGUGAAAAACGAAUGGCGUGUCCUUUCCUCGCAAACAAUCGGAGUUGAAUUUUCCUCCAAAAUCGUAAAGAUAGGCACAGGUUCACGGUGGAAACGGAUAAAACUCCAACUAUGGGACACAGCAGGCACUGAGCGGUUCCGCUCCGUUUCACGCUCCUACUACCGUGGCGCUGCCGGCGCAAUCCUGAUAUACGACGUUGGGUCAUAUGCUUCCUUUACCGCACUCCCCACAUUCCUCAUGGACGCUAGAGCUCUUGCGUCCCCAAAUUUAACAGUCCUCCUAGCCGGCAACAAAAGUGAUCUAUUGUCGUAUGACAACUUGUCCCAAAACAUAGACUACAGCGAUGACUUCCACCGAUUUCCCCCAACACCAUCAAGCACAUCGAGCAAACAGACUACCUUCGCUUUUGAUUCAGGUGGCGGAUCGAUACGAUCAAUAAACGGCCCGCCGGUAGGCACCAGGAUGACUGCAACGGUAUCCUCGGAUGGGUGCGGGGUGACGCUAGAAGAAGCGUCACGAUGGGCAGCGAAAUCCAAUAUACCAGUUGCAGUUGAGGUGUCCGCAUUUUCUGGAGAAAACGUGGACGAACUUUUUAACCGGCUGGCACGUAUUAUCCUGACGAAAAUCGAGCUGGGCGAGAUAGACCCGGAUGAUCCUCAGAGUGGUAUUCAAUAUGGGGAUGGGGGCAUGUAUGGUACUGGAGCGAGUGAUGGGGGCAGCGUGCGUAGCGGGAUCACGAUCGAUGACUCUAUGGCGCAAAUGCGGAGGAGGAAGCCUCGUGGUCGAGGACCGGGAAGUGGAUGGGCUUCGGGUAUGAGGGAGUGGGAAGAUGUAUUUAGGCUGGGAGGUUCGAAUACGCAAAGGGGUAGGUGCUGCUAA